AUGUCAUUGGUUUCAGAUCUGAUCAACCUCGACCUCUCAGAGACCACUCAGAAGAUCAUUGCCGAAUAUGUUUGGAUUGGUGGUUCAGGAAUGGAUCUUAGGAGCAAAGCAAGGGUUAUGUGUGAUGCUUACACUCCAGCUGGUGAACCGAUCCCGACAAACAAGAGACAUAAUGCGGCAAAGAUCUUUAGCCAUCCUGAUGUUGCUGCUGAAGAACCAUGGUAUGGUAUUGAGCAAGAGUACACGUUGUUGCAAAAGGAUGUUAAGUGGCCUCUUGGAUGGCCUACUGGAGGUUAUCCAGGUCCUCAGGGCCCGUAUUACUGUGGAAUUGGAGCUGAAAAAGCUUUUGGGCGCGACAUUGUGGAUUCUCACUACAAGGCUUGCCUUUAUGCCGGCGUCAACAUAAGCGGCAUCAAUGGAGAAGUGAUGCCAGGCCAGUGGGAAUUUCAAGUUGGACCUUCUGUGGGCAUCUCAGCUGGCGACGAGGUGUGGAUUGCACGUUACAUUUUGGAGAGGAUCACUGAAAUUGCUGGAGUGGUUGUUUCAUUUGACCCCAAGCCUAUCGAGGGUGACUGGAAUGGUGCUGGUGCUCACACUAACUACAGCACCAAAUCCAUGAGAGAAGAGGGUGGCUAUGAAGUCAUCAAGAAGGCAAUCGAGAAGCUUGGCCUUCGUCACAAGGAGCACAUUGCUGCCUAUGGUGAGGGAAACGAGCGUCGCCUUACAGGAAAACACGAGACUGCUGACAUCAACACCUUCAAAUGGGGAGUUGCUAACCGUGGUGCGUCUAUCCGUGUGGGCCGAGACACGGAGAAGGAUGGCAAAGGGUACUUUGAGGACCGAAGGCCAGCCUCGAACAUGGACCCUUACGUUGUUACCUCCAUGAUUGCCGAGACCACCAUAAUCGGCAAGCUUUAA